AUGCCUACCCAAGAAACCAUAUACGAUGUCAUUGGACUGGGAUUUGGGCCAGCCAAUCUUGCGGUCGCUGGGGUUUUCGUGGAGAGGGCAGGUCGAUCCCUUGCGGUUCCCCUUUCGAAAGUUCUGUUUAUCGAAAGGCAAGAAGGGUUUGGGUGGCAUCCAGGUAUGCUGUUACCCGGCGCUCGCAUGCAGAUAAGCUUCCUGAAGGAUCUGGCUACCCUCCGGUCUCCACAAAGCGAGAUCACUUUUGUAUCAUACCUACAUUCGCAGAACCGCCUUUUAGACUUCAUCAACCGUGGUAGUAACUUUCCAACGCGCAAGGAAUAUUCGGACUACCUGGCCUGGGCGGCACGUUUCGUACAAGGUAAAGGUGUCACGGUUGUCUAUGGCGAGAACGUGGUUGGUGUCUGCAAGAAAGAUACCAAAACAAUCGAAAUACAGAGCACGGUCUUGUCGACCGGAAAACGUGUCGUACGGUUGACCAAGAACCUCAUUAUCUCACCGGGCGGCGAACCCCGGAUACCCAAACCUUUGGAGAGCAUCCAGGACCAAUUAAUGGGGCGUAUCAUCCACAGUUCGACAUACUUGAUGUCUGUGGAAGUGUUACUGAAAUCGCUGCAAGGUGAAAACUUUUUGGGACGGCCGUUCCGUAUAGCUGUUAUUGGUUCUGGUCAAUCCGCAGCGGAAGUAAUAUUGGAGCUUCAUUCCCGGUUACAGUCAGUCACCCAUACAAGCGAAGACAACCACACACUCGAUAUGAUCAUUCGAAAAGGGUCUCUCAAGCCCAGUGAUGACUCCCCAUUUUCGAACGAAAUCUUCAACCCAGAUGAUACCGACAUUGUUUUUGGCCUGCGGAGUUCUUCUGGCAGGCAUCGCAUACGCAAGGAGUACGCGAACACGAAUUAUGGUGUAGUUAAUCACCAGACGCUGGAACAGGAGGCACAGUUGUACGAAAUACUUUAUGAACAGAAACUAGACGAUGGGAUCUACAAGCGUACCGGAUCCCUCGUGCCGGAAAAAAUCCCAAGAAUCAAUAUUCUACCUUAUUCCGAGAUCCUGUCUGCAGACGUCCACAACCUUGAGGGACGUCGGGCGAGCGGAAAUGAGCGACCAGGACCAAUUUCCGUGACAGUGCAACACACUCUCACCCACCAAGUUUACCAGAAAGUGUAUGACGCUGUCAUAUGCGCAACUGGCUAUGAGAGGAAGCGAACACAAGAAGAUGUUCGGCUGGAUGUGGAGACGGGUCCCGAGGAACGUGGAAUGGCGGGAGAGUUGUUGACGUCCGAGUCGGUCGAUCACAUUGCCGAUGACGAAGGUAACUCUGGUGGAGGCACCACAACCACAGGGCCUAGUACGCCAAUAACCCCCCAGAGCUCGGUGGAGGACCACUUUCCGAAGAGGCAGAAAACGGUGCAUAUCUCACGGGCGUAUAGGCUCCUUCCAAAAUCUCAGGAUCCAAACGAGUGCCUCGAGGCUCGAAUUUAUGUGCAAGGGGUUGCAGAGGAAACUCACGGGCUGAGUGAUACCCUUUUGAGCGUUGCUGGUGUGCGGGCAGGAGAGAUCGUAGAUGACAUAUGUGCCGAUCUCAACGAUGUGGGACUCGCGGCUCCAAGAGCUCUAUGA